ACUUUCCCCCCAAAACAGCACUGGGACAGGAAGCGGUCUGAAAUACCUCCCUCGGUAGAGUAGGUCCUUGGCGCAGAAGAGCUGCUGAAAUCCAUUGUAAGCGGACUAAUUAAAAACUCGCGGGAUGGACAAACUGGGCACAGAGAUGAUUGAAAAUCCCGAAAUGGUCAACAUUGAGGAACCACAGCAGGGGAUGCGGCUCUGGCUCCCUGAGUGAUGAUUUCUGUCGUGGCUGGCGGUUACCGACUAGAAACGUACUUUGUAAACUGCAGAGACAGCAAGGGACUUUGCAAAUGCUUUUAAAUGUUCUAAACAGCCCGUUCAGAGAUGGAACAGGUGGGCCUUGAAGUUGCGUCUCCUGGUUCAGAGACCGUCCAUUCAAUUAAAGAAGAGUGCAUUACCUGUGGAGAGAGCCUAGGAUCACAAGUAAACAUAAGUGGAAAGAGGACUUUCCAGUGUGUACAGUCCAGAGGGGAACAAGCAGAGGUGAUAGGAGAGGAACUAACAAGAGGGCAAAAAUACAACGGUCGCAAUGUUAAAGAACCCAUUUGCAAUGUUGGAGAAGUUGAGUUUUUCGGAUUUGGCAAGAAACAUGGCAAGUUUGUACGAGUAUCCUGUCACACUCCCCCAGCUGCUAUAUUUGACUUGCUCACUGGAGACUGGAAUUUGCCAGCCCCAAACUUAGUUGUCUCGAUUGUUGGAGGAGAAGAAAAUGUUCUGAUGAAACCGUGGCUUCGGGAUACCAUCAGAAAAGGCCUGGUGAAAGCUGCUCAAAGCACAGGAGCGUGGAUUAUUACAAGUGGUUUGCGAGCUGGAAUCACCAAACACAUUGGGGAGGCAGUCCGUGAUCAUGCGCUGGCCAACACAUGCUCUAAGAUCAAAGUCUUUGCGAUAGGAAUAUCACCAUGGAGAAUUAUUUCUGACUGUGAAGCCUUAGCCAGUGUUAAGAAACAUUGCCCAGCAAUAUACCAGGUUGAGGAGACAACCCAAGGUCCUCUUUACUCCUUGGAUAACAACCAUUCCCAUUUCAUACUGGUGGAUGAUGCCACUCCCAGUGGGACCACGACAUUGUGGCUCAAACUACUGAAGCAUAUUUCUGAACAGCGAACAGGAUACGCAGGGACUGGCAGUAUUGAAAUUCCUGUGCUCUGUGUUCUUGUCCAUGGUCAUCCAGAACUAUUGCAGAAAGUGUACCAAGGGAUGGAAAAUUCUGUUCCGUGGCUAGUUCUGGCGGGAUCUGGAGGCAUUGCUGAUGUUAUUGCCUCAUUGAUGCAUGGGCCUUUGGUUCCAGACACUGUACAAGAACAACUUCAGGAAAAGUUCCCCAGAGAAACCUUUUCGAAGGAGAAUAUUCUCAAAUGGACCGAACUGAUUCAAAACAUAAUGGCCAAGGACCAUAUCUUAACAGUACACAACUCAGAGCAGGAGAGUUCUGAGGACUUGGACACGAUUAUGCUGAAAGCCCUUGUCAAAGCAUGUAAAAGUCAGACUCAAGAAGCCCAGGAGUAUCUGGAUGAACUAAAACUUGCUGUAGCCUGGAACAGAGUGGAUAUUGCCAAGAGCGAGAUUUUCAAUGGUGAUGUGGAGUGGAAGUCAUGUGACCUGGAAGAAGUAAUGAUGGAUGCCUUGGUCAAUGACAAGCCAGAGUUUGUCCGACUAUUCAUUGACAAUGGGAUGAACAUGUAUGACUUCCUUACCUAUGGCCAGCUCCAGGAACUCUACCGUUCCAUCUCGCGGAAGAGCCUCCUCUAUGAGCUAUUGCUGAAGAAGCAUGAGGAACAAAGACUAACUAUAACUGGCAUGAACCCCACUUCACACCGUGACACACCAGAGAAGAGGCCCAAGUUUACUCUAUAUGAAGUAUCUAAAGUGCUAAAGGAUUUUCUACACGAUGCAUGCAAGGGGAUUUUCCAGGAAUCCAACCCCUCUCGCAAGCAUUUGGGUGUUAAGAAGUCAAUAACAGAGUUGAACAGCAAAUUACGAGGGCAGAGGUUGUUUGUGAUGCCUGAUUUAAGCCAGAAGCUGGAAAACCCUUGGAGGGACCUCUUCUUGUGGGCAAUCCUGCAGAACCGACAGGAAAUGGCUAACUACUUCUGGGAAAUGGGUCCGGAGGCAGUGCCGGCAGCCCUGGCCGCAUGCAAGAUUUUGAAAGAAAUGGCUCAUCUUGAAUCAGACACCGAGACGUCUCAAAGCAUGAAGAAGGCAAAAUAUGAUCAGCUGGCACUAGAUCUGUUUGGCCAGUGUUACACCAACAGUGAGGACAGAGCUUUUUACUUGCUGAUUCGCAAGACCAAGUACUGGAGCAAGACCACCUGCCUGCAGUUAGCAACAGAAGCGGAUGCGAAAUCCUUUUUUGCACAUGAUGGUGUUCAGGCACUCUUGACAAAAAUCUGGUGGGGUGAUAUGUCAACGGAUACUCCAAUCUGGAAGUUGUUGUGUGGGUUCUGGUGCCCUCCUCUGAUAUUUACCAACCUUAUCACCUUCAGUGCACAUUUCCCAUCCAUUGGUAAAUCUGAACAGUUGAAAGAACUGGACAGCUUGGACACUGAGAAGGCUUUCCUGCUCUCCGAUGAGGCAAAUAGCGAUCACGAACCAAAGGAUAAAAAAAGACUUUGUGGAGGGAACCAACGGAGAGAAUUUAUUUUAAGAAGAUGGAAGAAAUUCUGGGGCGCUCCAGUCACUGUAUUCCUGGGGAAUGUGAUCCUGUACUUUGCAUUCCUGUCUCUCUUUGCAUACAUUUUGCUAGUGGAUUUCAAGCCUCCUCCUCCAAUUGGUCCUUCUAUGGCAGAGAUAACACUGUACUUCUGGGUUUUCACCCUGGCAUUGGAGGAGCUGAGACAGAGUUUUUUCACCGAAGGGAACACGAACAUAGUGAAGAAGUUUAAGCUGUACGUGGAGGACUCCUGGAACAAGUGCGACAUGGUGGCCUUAGUGCUGUUCAUAGUUGGAGUGACGUGCAGAAUGCUGUCGGUCUCAUAUAACGCGGGACGUACAACUCUGUGCCUGGACUUCAUGGUGUUUGCUCUGCGACUGAUCCAUAUCUUUGCCAUUAAUAAACAGUUGGGUCCGAAGAUCAUCAUUGUUGAACGAAUGAUGAAAGAUGUCUUCUUCUUCUUAUUCUUUCUGAGUGUUUGGCUGAUUGCUUAUGGUGUAGCUACUCAGGCUCUGCUGCAUCCCAACGAGUCUCGUGUGGACUGGAUCUUCAGGAAUGUCCUUUACAGGCCUUACCUUCAGAUAUUUGGCCAGAUUCCCCUGGAUGAAAUAGAUGAGGUGCGGAUGGUCAACCGAUCCUGCUUCACUAACCAAGCCAACAUGACAAAUGAAGCCAACUUACCCUACUGCAUCAAUCGUUAUGCAAAUUGGCUGGUCAUCAUGCUUCUGGUUAUCUUUCUGCUGGUCACUAAUGUACUGCUGUUGAAUCUGCUGAUUGCAAUGUUCAGCUAUACCUUCCAGCUUGUCCAGGGAAACACCGACAUCUUCUGGAAAUUCCAGCGCUACAACCUAAUUGUGGAGUAUCACAGCAGACCAGCUCUGGCCCCACCCUUUAUCAUCAUCAGCCACUUUAACCUCUUAAUUCGAAAGAUUAUUAAAGAACCACAGCACAAGCAGGAGCAUUUUGAAAAACACUUGCCAGAAACUUUGGAUCAGAAGCUCAGAAUCUGGGAGUCUGUGCAAAAAGAGAAUUACCUAGCCAAUUUGGAAAAGGGGAAGAAAGAAAGCAGCACUGAAAGACUGAAGAAGACAUCCACCAAGGUAGAUUCAUUACUAAAAUCAAUCAGUGGACUUCAGGAACAAGAAAAACGCCUCAUAACACUCGAGACAAGGAUGAAAUACUGCAGUGAUGUUCUAUCCUGGAUGAUUGAAUGCUUUACUCAACACAAUAUGCAUUGCAGCAGACCACCUCCAACAUACACAGAUUCUCCAACUCCAGUCUACAAAAAGCAGCCACUGAACACACCAUCAGCAGAUGACUGUCCAGCAGACAUGACGCCAAUAGCCAUGCAGUACAUCGAUGAGUGAGUAGCUUCAAAAAACAGACCACGUUACAUUCCAGUAGAGAAGAAUAAUGGAGAUUUGUUUCACGGACCAUACAUCUUUCUUGGCUAUGUGCUAUCAUCAGAUGGAAGUUUAACAGCAUGCCUAUGAACUUGUAUUUUAAUUCUAGUGGAAAAUGUUCGUAGCAAUUUAUUUAAAAGGGGGUGGGGAAAACAGUGGUAUGCAGUCUUACUAAAUGAGACACCAAAAAAAAACUUCACAUUUUCAGUGUAAUUAAAGGGAGCAUUUCUUUUAAACACGUAUUUGAAUUAUAUUUAUGCCAAUAAUGUAAAUCUUCAAUAAUGUAAAUACAAAGCUAACCUUCUAGCAGUAGCUGAUGAUACAUUUUGUUCUUGGUGCUUUUUCCAACAUUUUAAACAUACACUCAACAGUGAUGUAUUGACUUCCAUAAGUGUCAACUCCGAGUACAGCCAGCUUGCCCCAUGAUGGGAUUUUAACAUCUAAUAUUCCACUGUAGCUUUGAGGAUGAGAUAUUGAACUUACCUUCAUCAGUUAUCCGAGCUGGUUCUUCUGGUGCCACCUAACGUGUUUUCCUCAAGGGUUAUUUGUGGAAUUUUCCUGUGCAUUAUUAUACAUCUGUCUACAUAAAUAAA